GACUGCUUUCCAAACCAACACGAGAAGGAUUUCCACAGCUUUCCCAGAGACGACAGUCAAACCACUGCGGGGAACCAGACCUUCCACCACCACCACCACCAUCAUCAUGAAGGAAACUACUGAAAAUGUCUCUCUGGACGAUGCCAGCUGGAGCCAGGUGAUGUGCGAGGGCUCGGCUACCCGGGAUAGUAUUUUUCACCCUGAAGAAGAUAACAGUCUUUAUUUUGCAUACAGUGGAAAAUCAAAUGUUCUGGAGGUCAAAGAACUCAACUACCAGGUUAACACAGCAUCCCAGAUUCCCUGGUAUGAGAACCUUGCUCAGAUGAAAAUGCCCUGGACCUGGAAAUCAGAUCCUCGUUCCCAUGUGACAGUAAUCCAAAAUCUGAGUCUAAAAGUGAGAAGUGGUCAGAUGCUUGCAAUUAUAGGAACCACUGGUGGUGGAAAGACAUCCUUGCUUGACGUGAUAACCUGCCGGGAUCAUGGAGGCAAAAUCAAGUCUGGUCAAGUCAUGAUCAACAACGAGCCCUGCACUCCCCAGCUUGUUAGGAAAUGCAUAGCACACGUGAGGCAGGAUGACCGACUGCUCCCCCACCUGACUGUCAGAGAAACACUUUUGUUCGUUGCCAAACUGCGCCUUCCAAAGUUUUUUUCAGACUCACAAAGGAAAAAAAGGGUGGAAGACGUGAUCGCAGAGCUCCGCCUGCGCCAAUGCGCCAACACCCGCGUGGGGAACGAGCACCUGCGGGGCGUCUCCGGGGGCGAGAGGCGCAGGGUGAGCAUCGGCGUGCAGCUGCUCUGGAACCCGGGAAUACUCAUACUUGAUGAACCCACAUCUGGACUGGACAGUUUUACUGCACAUAACCUUGUGAUAACAUUAUCCAGACUGGCCAGAGGAAACAGAUUGGUUCUUCUUUCACUUCAUCAGCCCCGCUCAGACAUCUUCCAGCUGUUUGAUUUGGUUCUUCUGAUGACUUCUGGACUCACUGCCUACUGUGGAACAGCUAAAGACAUGGUCCAGUAUUUCACAGAACUAGGCUAUCCCUGCCCAAGGUACAGCAAUCCUGCAGAUUUUUACGUUGACUUGACCAGUAUUGAUAAACAGACUGCAGAAAAGGAGAUGGAAAGCCAAAAAACAGCAAAUACUCUUGCCAACUUGUUCUUAGAAAAGGUCAAACAUUUUGAUGAUUUCUUAUGGAAAGCUACUGAAGGAGACAACACUGAUACCACAGUCAUCAAGCAGAGGAAUUCAGAAGAGGUUCUCAAUAUGCCUCACCAUUUAAAUGAUCAGUUACCAGGAGCCUUGAAGCAGUUCACAAUAUUAUUAAGUCGUCAGGUCUCCAAUGACUUCAGAGAUCUUUCAAGAUUACUAAUCCAUGGAUUUGAAGCCCUUCUUAUGUCAUUACUAAUUGGAUUUUUGUACUAUGGCCAUGAAAAAAACGGACUCUCUAUUCGGGACACAACAGCACUGCUGUACAUGAUAGGUGCCCUUAUCCCAUUCACAAUAAUUUUGGAUGUUAUUGCCAAAUGUCAUUCAGAAAGAGCAAUGCUUUAUCAUGACUUGGAAGGUGGAAUGUACUCUGUUAGCCCAUACUUCUUUGCUAAGAUUCUGGGGGAACUCCCAGAACACUGCAUUUUUGUGGUAAUUUAUGGGAUUCCCAUCUACUGGCUGGCAAACCUUGUUCCUGGUCCAGAACACUUCCUGCUGAACUUCCUGUUGCUGUGGUUAGCUGUUUACAGUGCCCGUGCCAUGGCACUUUGGGUGGCAGCUCUGCUGCCGACCUUACAGCUCUCUGCCUUCUUUGGCAAUGUCCUCUUCACAUCAUUCUACCUCAGUGGUGGGUUUGUCAUAAGCCUGAACAGCCUCUGGACAGUUCCUUUUUGGGUUUCAAAAAUCUCUUUUCUCAGAUGGAAUUUUGAAGGAAUGAUGCAAGUUCAGUUCACUGACACCACAUAUGAAAUGACUGAUGGAAACAAUACUUAUCAAAUACCAGGAAAACUCGUCACUCAGGCUCUGGACCUGGACUCCCACCCUCUCUAUGUGAGCUACCUUGUCCUCGCUGGCAUCAUUUGCAGCUUCCUGCUUUUAUACUAUUUAUCUCUGCGCUUCGUCAAGCAGAAAUCGAGCCAGGACUGGUAA